AUUGAUCAUGGUCUGGGUUGUAUAAUACCCGUAUUACUGGAGGUAGACGGGCAUGCGCAGUGAAGUCAUGUGAGCCUGGGUGUUUUCUUGUUGACAAGGAAGUAAAAGAAGUAAACAAAAGUACUGUAUUGAAAAAAGGCUAAACAAUUCUAGCGAAGAAAACUACAUUGAAAAUGGAAGUAUCUGGAAAGAGAACUAAAAUGCCGCAGCUAACUUCAUCGUUUUCCAAAGGGUCAUCGGAAGAUUUUGACUUUUUCUGUGAACCUUGUGCUAGUGAAAGUACCCACGUUGAAGCAAAUGGGUACUGCAAGAACUGUGAGGAAUUUCUUUGCUCUACGUGUUUUGCGUCUCAUCGUCGAGUGAGACUGACUAAGAAUCAUAUACUUCUCGACAAAAGCAGCAUGCCCAAGCAGCAGAAAUCUGUAAACAAAGAAUCUGACUGCAAAGUUAACUGUACAAAACAUCCCAAAGAGAUCAUCAUCUACUUCUGUGCAUCCCAUGACGAAGUUGGAUGCCACAUUUGUAUGUCAUCAAAGCAUAGCAAGUGUGUGAAUGAAUACAUACCUGAUAUUGCCGAUGGAACCAAGGAUGGUUCAGAAUACAAAGACCUGCUCAAAGAACUUGAUGAUAUUGAGAUUGAAGCAGUCCGAAAAGAGACAAAAGCAACAACAAACAAACAAAUCACAGAGCAAAGCUAUUCAGCGGCAAUAAGAUCUAUUUGUGAAUUUAGAAAAGACAUAAAUGCUGACCUUGACCAACUGCAACAUAUUCUUUCUGAGGAAGCUAUGCAAGUAAAAAAAGAAGAAGAAAUGAGUAUGGACAGUAUAAUAAAAGAAUGCCACCUCAUCAUGAAAAAUGCAAGUACGUAUAAGAACGAAAUGAAAAGCGAUGCUAUUGAAAACCCGCAUGCGUUUGUAAUGAUGAAAUUAUAUAAAACUGAAAUAAAAACACACCAGAAAAAAAUGUCAGAAUAUGAAUCAAUUAAGGAAGCCAAAACUGUUAGUUUUAAGCCAAACAAUUCAAUACGAAAUAUCAAUGAGCUAGGGAAACUUGUGUUUGUAAACCAAACCUAUGUUGAACCCAUACCGGAAAGGGCAGUAAACAUUGUUCCAAGUGUAACUGAUACCAUAAAUGUAAAGUCAAGUGUAGAUACAACGGACUGUAAGAUCUAUGGAAUUGACAGAUUCUCCAAAGAUGAGCUCGUAAUAGCAGAUUUUGCAAACAAAACAGUUAAAGUUAUUGACCGUAACCGAAACCAAGUGAAGCGUACGUUAAAAGUGGUGAGAAAGCCGUGGGACCUUGCAGUUUUGAGAAAUGGAAGAAUUGCAGCGGCUUUUACACAAUAUAUUCUGAUAUUUUGUAAGUCGUUGGACUAUCAAGUCUAUAAAACAAUUAAAAUCAGUGGCGAGAGCAGAGGCAUCACGACUUUGUCUAGCAAUAAGAUAAUAGCAACUUUUGAGCAUCCAGCAAAAGUAGUGGUACUUACCUACGAUGGGGAUAUUUUGAACACGAUUUCUGCUACAACAGAUUCAGGAGAUACUAUAGGAUCCAGAACAUGUGGCAGUUAGUCCAGACGAGAACUAUCUAUAUGUCUGUGAUUAUAGAAAACGAAGUAUCACAAAACUUUCAAUGACAGGGACCGUGACAGCAGUUUGCAGUGUUGUGAUAUAUCAGCCUCAUGGAAUCACAGUGUCAUCUGACGGCAGUCUAUAUGUUUGUGAUUAUCCUGCAAAUAAGAUACUUAAGAUUUCAGCAGAUCUGUCAAGCUUUGAAACCGUUUUGACAGAAAAGAAUGGUAUUUACAGUCCAUUGUCAGUCUAUUUCUGUGAAGACAGAAAGCAGCUAUACGUAAGCUGUGAACACAGCAACAUCAAAAACAAUGGGAAUGAAAUAUUGUCAUUUAGGUUUUAGUUUUUAUAUACCACGUUGAUUGAAUCAUAGAAGGUUGUCUAUAUUAUGCUGUUUCUGACUGUUACUAUGACCAUCAAGCUUUAGAAGAAUGUCCCCAUCGUAUAUUUAAGGUUUUUUGCCAUGUCCGCGUUAAGGUGGUCACGUUUUGAAUUUCCGAUGAAUAACAAAAAAAAACAAAGAAUAUUCAGUUCUUUCCAAACACCGUUAUGUUAUGAUUCAACCAAAUAGUUUCCUUUAUCUAACAGAAAGGAACAAUCCUUAUAUCUUAAUAUUGAGGUUUGGUACCUUUGUAACAGACAAUAAACUAAAACAAUAGAAAUUCAUACGUGGCUUCGGUCAGCUCAACAAAGCACAAAUUUUAAUGUGGAAUGUAAAGUAAGUUACACACUACAAUAUCCGACCAAGAUACUUACAAAAACAAUGCAUUUGCAGAAUUGAGAGAUAAAAAUAAUUUUGACAGCUCGUGAAAACUAAUGACAAAUUUUGACAGGUAUAUGAUGACUCAAGACCUAAUUAAUUUUUUUCUGUUAUUUCUAACUUCCAGUUUGAUUUUCUUAAAAAUGGGUAUUCUAUAUUGUAGCUUACAACUCGUGAAUAAAAACAAUAUAAAAACAUAUUGUUACCUCACUGUCGUUUUGUCUAUCCAAGUCACGUAUUAAUUCCUACUGUUUCAGUCGUUUGUCACUAAUUAGAGCAACUCACACAUCCCUUAUUUUCACAUAGAUAUUGAGAAUCUAUCUAAUGAGCACAUGUAUUGUAAACACAAUUUUAAUACCGAUUGUGUAUUGCAAUAAUGCUAAACUAUCUCAGCCGUGACGUGUCCUUAAUUAACCGAUGUAAGGUCCUGCGAAAUUAUAAAUAGAUUUUUUGGAAGCAAAGAGCGAAACCAAUUAUUAUAUAAGAUAACGCCCAUCACACCCUAUAGCACCGCCUUAAGAAAAAUUCUGUUACAAAGAUAUGUUAGAUGGAUUCCAUAAUGGCGUAGGACCAAAAGUAUAAUAACACUUAAGUAAUAAGAAUUUCUAUGGCCACCGUAAGGCACUUAAGGACUGCUGUUGUAAUAGUUAAUAAAAUACAUGUAUAUAAGAAGACCCUUUGAAAACACAGAUUGCAACCAAGCAAAAUGUUUUGUUUGUUUUGGGUUUAACGCCGAUUUUUUUCAACAGUAUUACAAUUAUAUAACGGUGGGCAGUUAACCUAACCCGUGUUCCUGGAGUCUGUACCAGUACAAAACUGUUCUAUGCAAGUAACUGCCAACUCCUCACAUGAAUCAGGGGUGGAAGACGAGUACUUUAAGGCACAAUGCUUUUUUAUCAAAUCGUCACGGAGAACAUACGUCUCGCCCGAGGUUCAAACUCACGACCCCGCGAUCCGUAGAUCUGCGAUCUCUCAAUCAAACGAAGCGGGCGGGAGGGCACCUAAUUUUCUCUACUGCAGUAUAACAUGAUGAACUGAUAUCUGUCAAUAAUGUAUAAACAGUAUUGUACUACAUAUACAAUAUGUUUUAACAAAACACUUGGAUUAAAAUUUGUUAUA